ACGUACGUCCGUCUCGUUCUCAGACGCGAGGCAGUGCAUGUGAAGCAAACGGAUCUCGGAAUGAAAAGAGUUCAAAUACGUUACGAUCCUACGAGGGAAAACAACGCGCUGUCAAUUGGAGUUAAAUGACAAGAAAACUUGCCGGAACGAAAUCAUGAACGAGGUUGCAGAUACUUUUGCUUGGGCUCGCCAGCUUGAGUGCCCACCGACAGUAUACAACGAAUCAGUGAAGAAAAUAUUGUGCAAAGGAGUGCUGGAGCUCCUGUGGGAGGACAUUUCCAAUUGUGCGUUUCCCACAGCUGAAGCGUGUAAAUUAAGAAAAAACAUUUUACUGUACAAACUGAAGCAUGGAUUGAACGAUUCUGCAAUUUCAUCCGUGAGGGAUUUGAAUCAAUUGAGACCCAAGAGCAACGCACUGAAACAACAGAUAUCCACGCUGGACGAGGAAUAUGAGGAGCAGGAUCAUGCUGUCAGGCAAAAAAUGCAACGGUUGAAGGAUAUAAAGAACAGGUGUUCGAUGAUCAACAUAAGAAAGGAGCUUCUCAAACUGAAACACAGCGAAACCAGCAAGCAACUGAAAGAUUGCGGUGACAUGAGACGAGUGUGCCAGCAUCUGAUGCCAAACACCUGUAAGGACAUAGAUCAACAGAGAUUGAGGGAGAAUCUAAAUGUAAUAGCAGACCUGCGUCGUUCGGCCACUGAUAAGAAACAGGUGUGGACAAAGGUAUCAAGCUCUCUUGGUGGUAUUGACGUACACACUCUAUGGACACACUUGUACCAAACGCUGUCGCAAGAUUUGAGCACGUUAAUGAAAUUGGAGACCAAGAACGACUCGGACAGUCCGAGGGUAGUAGGCGAAAAUAUAGAUAUUGGUAUCGCAAGAGCAUGCGGCCAAUACAUAUGCAUAAUAUCGAAACGCGUGUUGUCUAAUGCUAAAGCUGACAUGUACCAGCAACGUUUAAUGGAAUUUAUAGAUCUAAUAGAGUCGUUAUCUCAGGAAAAUGUGAGCAUGUGGCUAGCUUUAAAGUUGGAGGUGAGAAAAUUAGAAGCCGAACAGACGUACCUGCAAGACGAAGUUCAGAAAUUGAAGAACAUCAUCCAGGAGAAUUCCCUGAUCAAUCUCGACAUAGCUCGAUUAACGGCCGACAUAGAGACGAUUGACGCACAGAUGGACAAUUACGUAAAGGACAUUCAGCAGUCCAUAGCAGUUUUAAACUCUACGCCGACGCUCAUAUUUAAAGAGAAAGAGAAGCUACAUUACGAAUUGCAGAGGAUAUCGGCAUUGCAGACUGACAAUUACGACGCGAAAUGCGUGAAUAAUGCGCUGGACAUCGAGCUGGAUAUGUUUUACAAUAUCUUGGAUCUCAACGCUUUACGAAAAAUAAUGUUGAAGGGAGAUGUCGGAGUGUACAGACACGCAGUGUGUGGUCUCGACAAAGCCUCCAUCACCACGGUCAAUCCGCAAUGCUCGAGGAUCAAGCCUUACUUCCCGACAAUACAAAUACCGUUAUACUCUCUCGUAGAAUGCUAUAGAAACGCGAUUGCCAAUAUAGUUUACACGAAGCACACUUCCACUUUAACGGAGGAUAUUGAGUGCGCGAAUAAGUUAAUGCCGCCGCGAGAAAAAUGUGAUUAUAACAGCCUGGAGCUGCUGAACCUCACCAAAGUCGUUUGCGAUCAGGCGCGUGAGGAGAUCAAGCACUUUAACGCGGUCCUAAACGCUUGGACGAAUCAAGACGUGCAGGAGGCGAUGGCGCUCGACGAAACGACCGUGGACGGCGUGUCUUUUAAGGAUUGGUUGCAGCGUUACAAUUUAUUGUUAUACAUGAUACAAAAGAGCAAAUGACUUUAUCUUGUAGUCUCUCGCCAAUUAUGAUAUUGUUAAGUGUCCGAAGAAUUUUUGCACAUAUAUACUUUUAUAUCAAACCUCAAGGGUAAUGACUCACGAGUACACGGGCAUAGUAAAUAGACUUAUAUUUUUCGCAAAAAUACAUCACGUAAUACACGUUAACCAAUUUUGUUGAUUAAUAAAUUUCAGUUACAGUACGACGUAAAAAUUCGAUGUAAGAGCACUUGGAAUUUUCACAUAUCGCUGACUAUCGAGACAUUGGCGGCGCACGCCUGUAAUUCUUGCUUUCGGCGUCCCACCGCGGCGAGCCACUUGCAACAAAACAACUUCAAGUUCUCGGCCGGGUGAGAGAAAAAAAAUUCGGAUUGUCCAUGUAUUUCUUUUCUACCGUACGCGCGAAUUUAGCACUUUUCAUCGCUCCAACGAUCGUACAUUGAUUGAUAUCUAAUUAAAAAAAU